GUUCGGUGGGUCCCGGAUUCUGGCGGGUCCUUCCGCUCAAGCUGGGUGAAGCGCUUCCGGGUCGCCGCCGGCUGCCGCUUCCCGGCGCGAUGAGGAAACUGAGGCCCAGAGAGGUUAAGUGACUUGGCCAAGGUCAAACAGCUAGUUUGUGGUGGAGCCAGGACUGAAACCCAGUCUAGGAGCCAUGUCCACCUUGUUCCCUUCCCUCUUCCCUCGUGUGACUGAGACACUGUGGUUUAAUCUGGAUCGACCCUGUGUGGAGGAGACAGAGCUGCAGCAGCAGGAACAGCAGCAUCAGGCGUGGCUCCAAAGCAUCGCAGAGAAAGACAACAAUCUGGUACCUAUCGGCAAGCCAGCCUCAGAGCACUAUGAUGAUGAGGAAGAAGAAGAUGAUGAAGACGAUGAGGACAGUGAAGAGGACUCAGAGGAUGAUGAGGACAUGCAGGACAUGGACGAGAUGAAUGACUACAACGAGUCACCUGAUGAUGGAGAGGUCAAUGAGACUCCUCUCCAGGUGGACAUGGAAGGCAACGAACAGGAUCAGGACCAGUGGAUGAUCUAGGUAGACAAGGCAGGGUGGCCUCAGGGAGAUUCCAGGCCAACCCAGCCUACCUUGCACCCCAGUCCCCAGCCCCAAGCCCCCACCUGCAGCACCAGCUGAUGGCCCAGUGCCUGAGAGCUCAUCCUGGGGCACUUCCUCAGCUGCUGCCUGGACCUGGUCCCCUUGGCCUCGCCCAGGCCAUGAGUCUGCUCUUGAGUCCCCAGGCCUGAGCCCACCCUACCGUCUUGGCCAGUACUUUACCCUUUGGCUACCAGGUCUGGUCUCUAUCUAACCCUCUUUAAUAAAGACACAGGACUGAUUUUUUUCCCCUCA